GGGGUGGGGUGGUCAGGGAAGCCUGCCUGGAAGAGGAGGAGGAGAAAGACACCUAUACUCCUUGCCCUAGAAGGUAGAGAGGCAGUGGUGAUGGUGACUCAGGGAUGCUUUUCCCCUGUGGCCUGCCCUUUGGUUUAUGAUGGCCACCUCAGCAGCACCAACCUUUGCCCCCAAGUGAGUUCCCAUCAGAUGGGUGGAGACUCUGAGCCACCUCAGGGGCCAGUGGCUUGCCCAGGGGCUGGAGCAGUCCUGCACUUGCAGCCUCAGGAACCAUGGGGAUAGGGCCACGCAGUCAGUCCUUGCGAGGACCACGACCCUCCUAUGGCAAGCUCCAGGAGCCCUGGGGGAAGCCUUUGGAGAGCCGGCUGCGUCGGGCGCUGAGCCUCAGACAGGGCCAGGAGAAGUCCAGGCCCUCAAACGGAGGCCCAGAAAGGCUGGACACGCCCGGUCAGGAGUGGCUGCCAGGGUGCCUGGAAGAUACGGAGCAGCUAAUUCAAGCCCAGCAAGGAGAGCGCCGGCGGUGGCUGAAGCAGUAUCAGCAGCAGGUAAAGAGAAGGUGGGAGAGCUUUGUCUCCGGCUUCCCAGGUGUGACCUUGAGCCGGCCAGCCUCCCCAGAGCCCCCUCUGAGCACCACCAGCUAAGGAUGCUGGAAGCGGCGUCGGCCCCUGCUGCAUCUGGAUGAGACGGCCGUGUCUGCUGACCUACCUCUUCGUGGCCCUCUGGACUCCUCUGUGUAGGUUGCUCCUGCCUUCCUCACGUGGUGCACCGAGGCCUCUGCCACCAGCUUACCCAAGGGUCCUGUGAUUGCCCCUCGCCCUGGCCCUCCACUCCAAGGCUGGCUUGCAGUAAAGACCCCAAAAGGGGGCUCAGCUCUGUUUCCUGAUGGGUUCUGCCAUCUGGGCAUGGAGGCACCCUGGGACAGUGACAUGUACGAGGACCUUAGAAACCUGCCUAGAAAUAGGGGUGUCGACACCCCCGGCCCCACACAAGACCAGUCGUGAGCUUCCAGGACAGAGCUCAGUGAAGCCAGCCCCACGGCUGAGAGGCUCUGCACAUCAGCUGCUCACGCCCCUCCCGCCAGGCCCGGCUAGUGGUGGGCGAGGCAUGGGCCUCCCUCCUUGACAAUGAGCCCCCCCAAGGGCAAGGACUAAGUCAGGGCAAUCCCCGGUACCAGAGCUCUACAGCUGAAAGGCCCAGGCCUGUAUAUAAUCACUUGUAUCUUCAUAGUAUCCCGAUGAAGGAAGGGGGGGGGGGGGGAAGCCUUCCCUCCCCGUGUGACAGAGGUAGAAACCGAGGCCCAGAGCAGGGAAGAAAUUAUUGUCUUUGGCACCCAUGGCCCCACCCCCACCCACUUCCCAACCUUGGGGCUGAACACAGGAAUAAAGGUU